AUGUAUGAUACGCCGGAUGAGCCUCCAAUGGGGAAGCUUGCAGCGUACACAGCAGCCAAACGACAAGAACCAAUUCCCCCCACCACAAAUGACAGCAACUUGGACCGUCCGUAUUCUCCAUCCCGCUCAGAGCAUCAACAUACUGUCGACGUUACUACGGAGGAUACAGAACAAGUCCGACUGAUUGGUGAUGAUAUUGCAGAGGAUACGGAACAAGCGAGGUCGAUCGUCGAUGAUACAGAAGAAGGCGGCUUUGUCAAAAUACUGGUACCACUGGUACAGAUCAAGGGCAAUCAGUUGUUGAAUGUAUUCCGGAGGAUACAGAACAAGCUGGACUAG